AUGUUUCCUGAUGCAAAUCCAUUGGCUGUAGAUAUGUUGGAGAAGUUGUUAACAUUUAAUCCUACAAAGAGAGUUACCGUCGAAGAAGCUUUAACACAUCCUUAUUUGGAACCUAACUAUAUAACAGACAAUGCAUUUAAAAAGAUAAGAGAACACCAAGACUAUGAAAGCAUGAAUUAUUUAAGAUUAAAUGAACAACUUUGUGCUAUUCACUACAUGAAAGAAGAUUUUGGUUUAUUAAUGCAAAAAAUUGAAAAUUUGGAAAUGAAAAUUGAAGAAAUUGAAAACAUGUUUGAUGCAAAUAAUGACCCAGAUAAAAUUACUCUGGAGGAUCUUUUAGAAAAGUUCAAAAGGAAGAAGAAGGAAAAUGAUGAAACCAACAAUACAGAGAUUCCCACUCCGGGUCAAGUAGAAGUUUUCCCUACAAUUUCAAGAGCAACUUCUUCUUCGAAUCUAACAAGAGUCUCAUUAGAAAAUAUACAGCAAAAGAAUUUCAAACUCACACCAAAUUACAUUGACAAUAAAAUCGAUAUCAAUGAAAAUUCAUGGUGUGAUGACUUGAUUACACCGGUUUUAAAUUUUUUGUUCUAUAAUAUAAAUGACAAUAUUAAAUCACAAGCAACAAAAAAUAGAAAUAGCCAACGGGCCCAAUUAGUUUCAUAUGGACCAAGAGCACGAGUACCACAGCUUAUCCAACAUGUUAAUGAAGAUAGAAUACGGUUAGGAAAACUAGCUAAAGAGUCUUGGAACCAUAUGCUUCAUAUUUACAAAACGAAGUUAUUAGUCUUUGUAAUUGAUCGUUCACAUAAACUAUUUUCUACAAUGAAGAAAAUAAUGAAAAUUGAUCUCCCAACCAACAAUAAUUCAGAAACAGUAUUAGAAAUGAUUCAAGGCUUAUUGUAUCAACAAAAUUAA